CUAGAUGUCACUCCUGAGUUGUACCGGAUGGAUUUCAUCAGCUAAGCCUAAGUAAUAUUACUAUAUUAUGAGUUUGUCGUAAAGUGUAUGUGCCAAACGUAAAAAGAAAUGGCAAAACAUUUGGCACAGAUAAUUAUUCUAGGAGCUCAGGUUGUAGGCCGAGCCUUUACGCGUGCCCUUAAGCAGGAAUUUGCAGCAAGUCAAGCAGCUGCAAAGAGGGCAGGCGGAGGCCGAGCAGGAGCUGAGAAAGCAGCAACAAACAUACGAUUAGGAAUGUCUAUUGAGGAAGCAAAACAAAUUCUAAACUUAGACAAGGUAGAUGCUGAAAAACUAGAGAAAAGCUAUGAACAUUUAUUUUCUGUGAAUGACAAAUCUAAAGGAGGCUCCUUCUAUUUACAGUCAAAGGUUGUUCGAGCCAAGGAGAGACUAGAUGAAGAAAUUAAAGUUGCACAGGCAACAGGAAAGCCUAAGGAAACAAGUUCUCAGAGCUCAGACCAGACAUAGCAUAGGUUUCAGUAAUAGCUCAUUAUAUUUGAUGUUAUUUGUAGAUAUUAUGGUUUACUAUGUAUUAGAUAUCAGUUGUAUAGUCAAAAAUUACCUGAAAUGAGAGCUGAUUGUGAUCACAUGAAAUAUAACAAAAUGUAAAUUGUAUUGCCUUUAUCAUGAGAAUUAUACAUGGUGAACUCUUCAUAUGAAAUACAGGUUAAAGAAUAACAGCAACCUCCUUAAUUUUUCCUUUUUUUAUAAAUAAAAACUUUUCUGGUCAAUUACUGAAUUAUUAUAUUGUUUGAACUGAUUUAUUUUAACAAUGAAUAUUUGUAGUGUCUCUCAUCAAUAAGUCUAAAAACCCUAGGAAUCUGUUUCUUUGUGCCAUAUGCAUGUGGUACAAUAGAAAAAAAAAUACAAAUAUCUUUUUGGCAGCCAGGUGAUGUCUCUUCUGAUCUCUGUUUUUUUUUUAGUCAAGAAAUGACAGGCCAUUACAUAUUUUUAUAAUAUAAAAUCUGAAGUUUUCAUUGCAAUUAUUUUGAAGUUAGUCAUUUCUAUUUUCAUAGAAAUAUGUCUUUGUUUAAUAGAUAUUUCAACUCAAAGUGUUAUAACUGAAAGCAAAUCAUGUACUAACUAACUACUGACCUUCUAUACUAGAAGCUAAAGUGAUAAAAUGUAUGUUUUUAUAAUGCUUGAAAACUGUAAUAAUGAGAAUUUCUGCACACAAAAACAAACCAUUGUUGCAUAGAAAAAAAUAUAAAUUCAGAAUGGCUUUAUUAAAAAGGUAAAAUAAUAGUAUUUAAUUUUUACAAACAGUAUGUGUUGAAAAAAAGUGACUAUCAAAAUAUGUAAAAUGGUUAUUUUCUUGCUCUAACUUAUCAUGAUGUGAUAGUUUGUACUUGGAUAUCAACCUAAACAAAUAAAGUUUUUACUACUGUGCA